AUGGAUUUGGUCCAGACUGUACGAAAGGAGGGGAGCCGUGGUGGCACAGGCGACUUCAAAUGGAGUGAUGUCCAAGCAUCAACCCAUCGCGAACACUAUCUUGGGCACAGCAUCAUGGCUCCUACUGGCCGAUGGGCGAAGGGAAAGGACCUGACAUGGUAUGCAAAGGGCGAUCAAGGCAGCGACCAAGAUGCUGCCGCCGUAAGUGAAGCUGAUGCUCGCAAGGAGGAAAUCAGAAAGAUCAAGGAAGCCGAGCAAGACGCAAUGGCCCGGGCCCUAGGCUUACCUGUGCCUGACCGGUCAAAUCCGAACAAUCAAGAGCUCGGGACUCGGAGGGAGGUGCAGCAAGUGAUCAAGGAAGCUGGCGGUCGUGACCAACCUGUCAGCAAAGGCAUUGGAUAUGAACGAGAAUCUGCGGCAGGAAUGGCCAACGAAACCCCAGACCCGGAGCGGAUUGAGGGGAACGUUGACCAACAGGAUAAAGAAUUGCGGUACGCUCUCAACGAAUACAAGAGACGCCACAAAAGCGAUCGACGUGAAAGCAGAAGCCGAAGCCGAGACCGCCACAAUGACAGAAAGCACCGUCGUCACAGAAGCAAAGACCGGGAACGGAGAAGGCGUUCGAGGUCUCGGGACAGGGAGCGCCCGAACAAAAGCAACUCAGGCCCAAAAGGUGUUCAUCGAGGCCGGGACAAACGCGAUAGGAGCCGUUCACCGCGUCGUCGUGAUUAUCGCGGAGAUCGACACAGCAGCCGCCGAGACUGA